CGUGUCAAUGAAAGUAUCCUAAGACAUGUCCUAAGAUAUGUCUUAGGACAUUGUUUAGGAUGGUCUUAGGACGUGUCUGAGACAUGUCUUAGGAUGUAAAACAAAGCUAUCUUAGGACAGUCCUAACUACGAUGGUCCUAAGACCAUCCUAACAUAUUUAUUUAAUUAAUAAAAUAUGAAGUGAAUGAAAUGAAAUAUUUUUAUGCAUUUCUGUAUAUAUUUAAAGGUUUUUUGUUGGUGUUUUUUUAGGGGGGAGGGGUCUCAUCUGUAAUGAAAAAAAAACACAAAAUAAAGGUUUUAACAUAUAAUAAUAGAAACAUAAUAUAAACUGUUAAAAUGAAAGAAUAAAAUUCUUUAAACGAUUAAAUUAAUUGUCUCAAAACUUUUUAGAGGCUAUUGUCGUGCUGCAAUUUAACUAUAUAAACUAGUUUUGUACUUAGGUCCACUCGAUUUCAAUUCGUAUACUGAAUCAACAUGAGCAAGAAAAGAUCUCCAAAUUUUUCCGAAAUCGAAAUUCAAAUUAUGCUGGCCGAAGUUGAAAAACAUAAAGGAAUACUAUUCAGCAAGCUGUCAAAUGUUGCCACAAAUAACAUUAAGAAGAAGACAUGGGAUGGUAUUUGUACAAAGAUGAAUUCUUCAAAUACCCACCACCAAAGAACAGUUGAAGAAAUUCAAAAGAAAUGGACAACAUAUAUGAGCAACGCCAAAAAGAAAGUGGCACACAAUAGACGAGAGGCAAGAAAGACAGGCGGAGGUCCUCCCCCAGAAGACAUUUCCUCCAUGGAAGAUCAGGUAGUAGGAAUUAUUGGAGACACGCCUAUAGAUGGAAUAGACGGAGGAAUAGAUACAGCCUCUUUUAAAGAAACGUCGACGGAUUUGUCGAUGCCGUCAUGUUCAUCUUCAAGAAGGAGCUCCUACUCUUCAUCAGAUGAAUCAGGUAAUUUAACCAUCAAUCAGCCGGCUAGUAAUAGAACUACGCCAACCAGAAAUAUUACCACCACUGCUUCGACCAUGGACGAUAGUGAUUCUCAGCAGCUGAUUCAAAUUGAGAGAGGAAGGUUGAAUAUUGAAAAGGAAAGACUGCAGGUAGAAAAGGAUACACUGAAAUUGAAAGAAGAAAAGAUGAGGCUGCUGAAGGAGAGACUUACCGUUGAAAAGGAAAGACUUCGCGUAGAAAAAGAUAAGCUAUCUGUUGACCGCCAACGCCUUCAGCUGGAACAGGCCAAAGAACAGUUGCGUUUGGCCUAACUUGGUAUCAGUUUGCAUAUUCCAGAAAACUCAGAUCGAGCCAGUGAUCACGAGUGAUACAUUGCUAUUUCUAUCAUAUUGAUUAAAUAUACUUUUUGUCAUAGUUCAAUU